AUGAGUAAACCAUCGUCCAAGCCCAAACUCUCCGUUCUUGCCCUCUCUGCUGGCAAUGCCCACUUUGGAGAUCAAAUCGGAAAUCAACUGUAUGAAGAUUACCUCCCAUCAUUAAUGGCUGCACAAUUAAAUUGUGCCCAGUAUUUUGAUGUAGAAUUGGAUAAUAAAAGUGGUAGCGCUUCAUCUUCCGAUGAUCGUAAGGUGGUGUCCGAGAGAGAAUAUGCUGAACAACUUACGUCAUGCUUGGCUGAGAGUUUAUGCCCAAAAACGUUUGUGAAACAAUCACAUGGAUGUGUCUCUAAACUUAUCAAAAUGAAUGCAGAAUGGACACCAAAUCUUGAUAAGAAUACUGAAAAUGAAUUUAGAAAGGAUCUGAAAGAAUGUUUCUCGGAUGUCAAGGAAUGUGUUGCAGAAUUCAUUCUACAUGGAUCUGUUAACGAAAAAAAGUAA